UUGCAAUUAAAACUAGGAAUACCUAUCGGACUGACACUAAUUCCUGUGAUUGUUGCAACUGUUAUCGGAUUAUUUUUAACUCCAAUUAUCGGCAAUUUAUCUGAUCAAUGUACUUCUCGGAUUGGAAGACGACGGCCAUUUAUCAUAGUUUUAUUUAUUAUAAAUUUAAUAUCUGCAGCGAUGAUAUCCUAUAGUCGAAUAAUCGGU